AUGGCCGCUCUGGGCAGUAUUUCUCAGUGUUUUUCUCCCAAGAUUUACUCUCAGAACAGUAACCAUGGCCAGCAACAACAUCUUCGGUCCUCGAGAAGAUAUAGCAUAUGUAUAAGCAAACUCUCUCCACAUGUAAAGGUAGGAUGCUUAGCAUCUGUUUCAAGUUUAAGUGCUACUCCACAAGUAGCGGCAGAGGAAACUCUGAUUUCAGUUGAAGAAGACGAGACACCCCUCCAUGAAAUUUGGACGGAAAUUCAAGGCUGCAAUAACUGGGAAGGUCUUCUUGACCCUUUGAAUCCGCAUCUGAGGAAGGAAAUCAUUCGAUAUGGCGAGUUCGCGCAAUCCUGCUACGAUUCUUUCGAAGGGGAUGCCGAUUCUAAGUAUUGUGGUUCAUGCAAGUUCCAACCAUCCAGUUACUUUGAAAAUAUAGAUAUGGACAAUAAUGGCUACCAAAUAUCCAGGUACCUUUACGCAACAGUAGACACGAACCUCCCUAAUUUCUUUAGGAAAUCCAAACGGAGCACCAGUCACGAAAACUGGAUAGGCUACAUCGCGGUUUGUACAGAUGAAGAGGAGAUCAAACGGCUAGGCAGACGCGACAUAGUCAUUGCAUGGAGAGGCACAGUCACGUACCUGGAAUGGAUCUGUGAUCUCAAAGACAUUCUCACUUCAGCCAACUUUUCUAACGACCCAUCGAUCAAGAUCGAGUCUGGGUUUUACGAUUUCUACACUAAAAAAGAUGAACUUUGUGAGCACUGCAAGUACUCCGCUCGCGAACAAGUUGUAGCCGAAAUCAAGAGACUUGUUGGGUAUUACAGAGGAGAUGAAAUCAGUAUAACCAUAACAGGACAUAGCCUUGGUGCAGCCUUGUCUUUGAUAAGCGCUUAUGACAUUGCAGAAACCAGACUCAAUUGCACGAACAACAACAAUGGAGCCUAUGAUAAAAUUCCAAUCACAGUCUUCUCCUUCGCUGGUCCGCGAGUAGGAAAUCUCAAAUUCAAAGAAAGAUGCGAUGAACUUGGCGUUAAAGUCCUCAGAGUGAUCAAUGUUCACGAUAAAGUACCAAAAGUUCCUGGGAUUAUUGCGAAUGAGAAGUCAAGAUUCCAGAAAUACAUGGAAAACAUGUCAUUUCCAUGGAGUUAUGCACAUGCAGGAGUGGAGCUUGCAUUGGACCACAAAGAGAGUCCAUUUUUGAAGCCCAACACCGAUUUCACAUCGGCCCAUAAUCUCGAAGCCCAUCUGCACCUUGUCGAUGGUUACCACGGCAAAGGAGGGCGGUUCUGUUUGGUGAGUAAGAGGGACAUUGCACUCAUCAAUAAAAAUUGCGACUUCUUGAAGGAGGAUUAUGGUGUGCCGCCGCAUUGGCGGCAGGAGGCAAAUAAAGGAAUGGCUAAGAACAGUGAAGGGCGGUGGGUGUUGCCGGACAGGUCGAGGGCGGAGGCUCAUUCACCAGACAUUGCCUACCACCUUGAACAAGUGUUCCACGAUACUGCAUCUAAGUCAAGAAACUCUGAAUUAGAAACAGUUUAACCUUUAAAUUACUGAAUUGAAACAAUAACUCUUGUGAAGGGGAGGACAAUUUGUACAAGUUUAUAUUUAUGAAUUGUACAUGAUGUAUGUAUGUACC